CUCAAAAUAGUUCCAUACUGCAGAAGAUAAAAGAGUUGUCUUCAAGCCGAAGUACAUAAGUUAGCUUACUUGCCACCAUCAUGCUUGACCGCCAAGCCUUGCGGGACCCCUAGCACAUGCCGUCAUUCGCUCAGCGACAACUUUCGCGCAUGUCACCAGUUAAACGAGAAACAUCUUAUCAGAACUACAAGUGUUGCUGCUUUCAGCAGAGUUAUAUUGCGGAGUCCACGUCGCUGCGAAGUGGUAGAGGCUGCAAGUUCCUCCGGCGGUCAGCGCGCCACGUUCUGUUUUUUCCCCCCUCGGCCAGUUUCGAUAUCCUCGAUGAAACUGGAUCUUUCGAGGAAAAGCAACAAACAUGAAUAACGAGCAAUUCCGCCGUCUUAUACUUGACCAGACGCCGGCUAGAGAUAAGGAUCAAAGUCCAAAUGGAUCUUCUCCGCGACAACAAGGGAAGUCUGCGGUCGGGGGCGCGACUCCCGGUGUGCUUGGGUCGAGAAUGCGAUCGAGCAUCCCGAUGACGCCUCGCUCUGUGAAAGGUGUUGACUUCGCCCGUCAGCUCGCUGAGCAUCGUCGCGAGUCGCAACAGCCGCCUACGAAGAAGUUCAAAUCUUCCGCCGCCCCGAAGGGAACCAAGCUUGCAGCGGGCUAUCAGGACCGCUCGAUAUUGCGAAGGAAACAGGAUGAGGAGGAAGCAGAGGCUGAGGAUAAAGAGAAGCGCGUCAAGGCGUUGGAGGAGUUGGUGAAACUGGGUCAGAUCGACCAGGCUACGUUCGAGAAACUGCGGGCGGAGAUUGGGGUCGGUGGUGAUGUGAGCAGUACGCAUCUGGUCAAGGGACUAGAUUGGAAUCUGCUGAAGCGUGUCAAGGCGGGGGAGGAUAUUACGAAGCCUGUAGAAGAAGAAACUCCCGAGGCUGAGGCCCCCGAAGCAGUUGAGGAUGUUGAUGAUGAGUUUGACCGUAUACUGGAUGAGAAGGAGAAGGAUGUCCGACCUGUUGCUCCCAAGGAAGAAAAGGUUAAGAAAGGAAAUAUGGCUCCUCCGCCUCCGCCUGCUAGCACAGGGCAGAAGAGGUCAAGAGACGAGAUUCUAAAGCAGCUUAAGGCAAGCAGAGCAGCGGCAGCUGCGGCUCCUGUUCAACCCGCUCCUCAGCAGACUGGUCCUGCGUUGGGUUCGAAAUUCAAGAAGAUUGGAGACAACAAGCAGCGCUGGAUUGAACAAGACGAGACUGGAAGACGGAGGGAGGUUCUGAUUACGAAAGAUGCCGAGGGAAGGACAAAGAAGAAGGUUAGAUAUCUGGACAAACCUGGAGAACAGAAUGGUGGCCUGCUGGCUCCUGAUAAGAGCGCAAAACCUCUAGGAAUGGAGGUUCCUGCUGAAAUCGCGGCGAAGAUAGCUGCGACACCGGAGGCAGAAGAGGACGGAGACAUUUUCGAGGGUGUUGGCGCAGACUACAACCCUCUGGGUGAUCUUGGUGACGAGGAAAGUUCUUCUGAAUCCGAAGAUGAGGCUGCCGCCGUUGAAAAGGAUGCUGUAGCAUCCACGGCUCCACCACCACCGGAACCUGCUUCCACUGAGACAGCUGAGAAAGCAACUGCGGCUCCGGCGAAACCUCGCAAUUAUUUCUCGACACCUACUACUGCAGAGACAGCGGAAUCCUCCCGUGCCAAUCCAUUUGCCACGGAUCCGACGAUCAUGGCGGCUUUGAAGAGGGCGGCUCAGCUCCGACAAGCAGCGGAAUCUGAGGAAGUGGCCGGUGAAGAAGACGCUGACGCGGAGACCCUCGCGCGACGGAAGAAGUUCCUGGAAGAAGCGAAGCGGCGUGAGGCUCAAGAUGCGAUGGAUAUGGACUAUGGAUUCGGCAGUAGUCGUAUCGAAGAUGAGGAAGACGAAGAAGGGCCGACCUGGGAGGAGAGAGGUGGCAAUAAGCGCAAACGGGGUCCAAAGAAGCGCAAGGGUAAUAAGGAUAGUGCUGCUGAUGUUUUAAGGGUCCUCGAUGCGAGAAGCAAAGGGGACAAGGGCAAGGAGUAGACACAGUAUAGUCAUGGUUAACCUUCCCAAUAUGAUACCAGAGGUCGUGAAGCAUCAUUGUUGCUCUUUGGACCGACCUCAUAAUGCAAA